GAUGUCUGUAACUGCACGGAGGAAACUAUAUUUAAGAUCUGAUAUCUUGAGGGUAAUGACUCCAGCAUUUACUGAUGGACAGAAUGGCUGUUAAUGCUUUCUUCACUAGCCCAGAAGAUUUUGAAAGAUAGAUGGGUCUGUGAUGCACUUUUGUGAGACAGGAAAUGCAAUUUUUGGGGGUCUCUGGAAAUAGAAAGGUCAUGCAGCUUGGAACCGGUGAGACAUUACAGUCGUUAAGUCAUCAGAUGGGGAAGCUGAGGCACAGAGAUUAAGUGACUUUGCCAACACAGCAAGUCAGUGGCAGAUCCAGGAUUAGCGCUUGGGGAAUUCCUGGAUCCCUCUCCCAUGCUUUAACAGUAGACCACAGUGUUCACUGGAUUCAGCGAGCAACUCAUUGCAAUAAUGGACAGUUCCAAGGACUCAUACCUGAGAAAUGAUGAAGAGGCUGUUGUGGAUAGAGGUGGAACUCGCUCCAUCCUCAAAACUCAUUUUGAAAAGGAAGAUUUAGAAGGCCAUCGAACAUUGUUCAUUGGAGUUCAUGUGCCACUGGGUGGAAGAAAGAGUCACAGACGCCAUAGGCACCGUGGACAUAAACACAGAAAGAGAGACAGAGAGCGAGAUUCGGGAUUAGAAGAUGGGAGAGAAUCUCCUCCUUUUGAUACUCCAUCACAAAGGGUGCAGUUUAUUCUUGGAACGGAAGAUGAUGAUGAGGAGCACAUUCCUCAUGAUCUCUUUACUGAGCUUGAUGAAAUUUGUUGGCGUGAAGGAGAGGAUGCUGAGUGGAGGGAAACGGCAAGGUGGUUAAAGUUUGAAGAAGAUGUAGAGGAUGGUGGAGAGAGGUGGAGCAAACCCUAUGUUGCCACACUGUCACUUCAUAGCUUGUUUGAGCUGAGAAGCUGUAUCCUGAAUGGCACAGUUUUGUUGGACAUGAGAGCUAACUCCAUAGAAGAAAUUGCAGAUAUGAUUCUGGAUCAGCAGGUGGGCUCUGGGCAGCUCAGUGAGGAUGUUCGUCACAGAGUACACGAGGCGUUACUGAAACAGCAUCACCAUCAGAACCAGAAGAAACUGAGCAACAGGAUCCCAAUUGUGAGAUCCUUUGCUGAUAUUGGAAAGAAGCAGUCUGAGCCACAUUCCAUGGAUAAAAAUGCAGGUCAGAUUGUUUCCCCACAGUCUGCUCCAGCCUGUAUUGAAAACAAAAAUGAUGUGAGCAGAGAAAAUAGCACUGUUGACUUUAGCAAGGUUGACCUACACUUCAUGAAAAAGAUACCUCCUGGAGCUGAAGCAUCAAACAUCUUAGUUGGUGAACUGGAGUUCCUGGACCGUGCAGUUGUUGCUUUUGUUAGGUUAUCUCCUGCAGUGCUGCUUACAGGACUAGCUGAAGUUCCAAUUCCAACUAGAUUUUUGUUUAUUCUUCUUGGACCAUUGGGUAAAGGGCAACAAUACCAUGAGAUUGGAAGAUCAAUUGCAACACUAAUGACAGACGAGGUGUUCCAUGAUGUUGCGUACAAAGCAAAAGAUCGCAAUGACUUGGUGUCCGGAAUUGAUGAGUUUCUUGAUCAAGUUACAGUUCUCCCUCCUGGAGAAUGGGACCCAACAAUUCGAAUAGAGCCACCUAAAAAUGUUCCCUCUCAGGAGAAGCGUAAGAUCCCAGGAGUGCCAAAUGGGACUGCAGCCCAUGGCGAUCCAGAACAACCUGGAGGGCACUCUGGACCAGAAUUGCAACGCACUGGAAAAUUUUUUGGAGGAUUGAUUUUAGAUAUAAAAAGAAAAGCUCCGUUCUUCUGGAGUGACUUCAGGGAUGCUCUCAGUCUACAGUGUCUGGCAUCGUUUUUAUUUCUCUACUGUGCUUGCAUGUCUCCUGUCAUCACAUUUGGUGGUCUACUAGGAGAAGCAACUGAAGGUCGUAUAGUAUGUGUUAAAUCUGAACUUUCAAAGCAAACUUACAUUUGUAGGUUUGUGAGUGCAAUAGAAUCGCUGUUUGGAGCAUCCAUGACUGGAAUUGCCUACUCUCUCUUUGGUGGGCAGCCCCUCACUAUACUUGGCAGCACAGGACCGGUAUUAGUGUUUGAGAAGAUCUUAUUCAAAUUUUGCAAAGAGUAUGGAUUGUCAUAUCUUUCUCUGAGAGCUAGCAUUGGACUGUGGACUGCAAUCCUGUGCAUCAUCCUUGUUGCAACUGAUGCAAGCUCCCUAGUCUGUUAUAUUACACGGUUUACUGAAGAAGCUUUUGCUUCUCUUAUCUGCAUCAUUUUCAUUUAUGAGGCCUUAGAGAAGCUAUUUCAUCUCAGUGAGACAUACCCAAUCAACAUGCACAAUGAUUUGGAUCUUCUGACUAAAUACUCAUGCAAUUGUGUGGAACCAGAACAUCCUAGCAAUAAAACCUUACAGUACUGGCAGGACUACAAUAUAUCUGCAUCUGACGUGCCAUGGGGGAACCUAACUGUGUCGGAAUGUAAAAAGUUUCAUGGAGCAUUUGUUGGACGAGCCUGUGGUCAUCAUGGCCCUUAUGUUCCAGAUGUCCUCUUCUGGUCUGUCAUCUUAUUCUUUUCUACAGUAACUCUGUCAUCCACACUGAAGCAGUUCAAAACUAGCCGAUACUUCCCAACAAAGGUGCGAUCUGUUGUCAGCGAUUUUGCUGUCUUUCUCACUAUUUUGUCCAUGGUUUUAAUUGACUAUGCCAUUGGGAUUCCAUCACCAAAACUUCAGGUUCCAAAUGCUUUUAAGCCCACCAGAGAUGAUCGUGGAUGGUUUAUUACUCCUUUGGGGCCUAAUCCUUGGUGGACAGUCAUUGCUGCUGUAAUUCCAGCCCUGCUUUGUACUAUCCUUAUCUUUAUGGACCAGCAGAUCACAGCUGUCAUUAUAAAUAGAAAAGAACACAAACUAAAGAAAGGAUGCGGAUACCAUCUUGACUUGCUCAUGGUGGCAGUCAUGCUUGGAGUGUGCUCUAUUAUGGGACUGCCAUGGUUUGUUGCAGCCACUGUCCUCUCUAUUUCCCACGUGAAUAGCUUAAAACUUGAAUCGGAGUGUUCUGCUCCAGGGGAACAGCCAAAAUUUCUUGGAAUCCGGGAGCAAAGAGUCACAGGGCUCAUGAUUUUUAUCCUGAUGGGCUCAUCUGUCUUUUUGACAAGUAUUCUGAAGUUUAUUCCUAUGCCAGUACUUUACGGAGUAUUUCUUUACAUGGGUGCUUCAUCUCUAAAGGGAAUUCAGCUUUUUGACAGGAUAAAAUUAUUCUGGAUGCCUGCAAAGCAUCAGCCAGAUUUUAUUUAUCUGAGGCAUGUUCCUCUUAGAAAAGUCCAUCUCUUCACUGUAAUUCAGCUGAGUUGUCUUGUACUCCUGUGGAUUAUAAAGGUUUCAAGAGCUGCCAUUGUCUUUCCCAUGAUGGUCCUAGCUUUGGUAUUUGUCCGAAAACUCAUGGAUUUCUUUUUUACUAAACGGGAGCUCAGUUGGUUAGAUGAUUUGAUGCCUGAGAGCAAGAAAAAGAAACUAGAAGAUGCUGAGAAAGAGGAAGAGCAAAGUAUGUUAGCAAUGGAAGAGGAAGGGACUGUUCAGUUACCACUAGAAGGACAUUACAGAGAUGACCCAUCUGUGAUAAACAUUUCUGAUGAAAUGGCUAAAACUGCUGUGUGGAAGACAUUGUUGAUAUCCUCAGAGAAUGCAAAAGAAAAGGAGUCAAGCUUUCCUUCUAAAAGUGCUGAAAUCAGAAAAGAGAAGAAAGCUGACUCAGGGAAAGGUGUCGACCGGGAGACUUGUCUAUGACUUGUUCUUCAGUUAUUUUUUUUUACGAAUGAAUGAAAGGAGUGCCACAACCACUAAGUAUAACUGAUUUGAUCUUGUAACUUUUGUCUUUCAUCUCAAACUAGCACAGGUAAUGUAGUGCAAUAUUUAUCUCAUUACCCUUUGUCUAAAUGUCUACAUUGUCUAGUAUUUGUGCAAAAGUUUGCAGUAGCCAAUGCAAAAAAUCUUGAUUUCCUUUGCUGGUGUUGGCCAUUUAUCAGUAUUCAUAUCAUACAUUUAACAAACAAAGUUUCUUUCAAAUUCAACUUUCUUGUUAAUAGAUUUGUACUGUAUUCUGCUACUUUUCCUGUGUGAGAAUACUUAAUCUUCAUUCAAGAUGAACUUGAAACACUUGUUAGAUUUUUUUUUUUUAAAUCCACUUAAUUGGAGGAAAUGACUUUAGGAGACCCAAGUUGACUAGUUAAGAUUUAAGAAUUUUUUUUAAGUGAGAACUGAUCUGACCCAUGAACAAACUACUGAGGAUAAUGCUUUCCUCCUCAAAUUGUCAUUUUGAAGUCAUGGAUUACUCUUGCUAUGGAGAUUGCAGGGUCAGAUUCUGUAUUUGUGCAGUUUUCCUUGAUUUAAUACAGUGUAUUUAAUAUUUAAAUUUGUAUGUAACUGGAACAUAGUCAUAUAUAUAAUAUAUAUAUUAAGGUAUCUAUUAUAAACAUUCUCUCACUUUGGUUGAAAAACACCACCACAUCCUUUGAUGUGAAACAUUGGUACAGUAUUUGUUAAAAUGCAAUCUGUGAUUACAGUAUCUUAUCUUGUAUUGUACGAAUGUUGCUGUGGUAGGCCAAACAACUCCAUUAUGUCAUUACUGAAUCCAUUAUUUUAUAAUAGGAAAAAUUUUGUAGAUACAAACUAUACCGCCCAUGCAAUGAUAGCACCUGCCCAAUGAUUUUCUUCUUUAUUGCCUAAAAUACAGCCGCAUAAAGUGCAUAUUUAUAUUGUUCUAUUAACAACUAUAAACCUGUUAAUUUCAGAGUUUGUGUAUAAUACUUAAAUGGGUAUCCUGCCAUUGAUUUUGUUACAGCUCUUUUCACUAUUCUAUAAAGUACAUAUUGAUUAAAAGAUUAAAAACAACAUUGCUAAGUAAAAUGUGGCUUUAAAGCUACUGCAAAGACAUUUUUCAUAAACAAUUUUGUUAUUGCCUGAUCCUUCAAGCUGUUCUUUUGUGUAAAACAAGGACUAUGAGAUUAGGUAUUGAAUUAAUAGAAAUGUGGAGCAAAAGUUUUAUGGAUUAUUUGAAACUUACUAAUUUUAAAAUUUUUUUUAAGAUAAAUUUUUAAAUGAUUAAAUGAAGGCUGUCACUAUUGCUUUGAAUCCUAAGAAUGAGCAUCUACAGUCUCAUAAUCUUUCUAAGAACUCAGCUACAGGGCUUUAACAUUCCCUAGCUUUCCAAAAUAGCUAAUCUUUCCAUAGUCCUCAUGUGACUUACUUUUCAUUUCCAGCACAUUUAAAGUAUUCCUUCUGAUGUUUUUGUGUGUGUGUGAGUGCGUAUGUAUGUUUUACUACUUCAGCCAUAAAUGAUAACUGUGUUUUGCUGCAAACCAGUAGGGUCACUGUUCUAAAUUUUACUUGGCAUUAUCAAAGCCCAUUAAAGACCAUUUCUAUUGGGGGGGGGGGGGGGGGGGGAGGCGGGAAGACAUGUAGUGGACAUAAGGAAGGAUUUACAUUUAAUUAAAUGUUUGUAUUUAUAAAUUUAGGAAAAAAUGCCAACGCAUUAAGGUUAAAUGCUUUGUUUUGUGUACUUGAUAAUAAAUUAUAAUAUUCCAAUUGUUUUAAGGUUAGUAUAGAAGUGCAAUACUGGUUCGUCCCGAAAGCAGCGUGGUGGUGUUUUAAUAUGUUGCUGACUUUGUUGCAGAUAAUGUAUACAAUCAAGAUGUAUUAGUUUCACUUGACCAACUCUUAGAAUAUUAAGAAAUCACUGUAUUCAAUGGCAUUCUGUAUUUCUGUUCAGUAUUCCAGAGUGUUUUUUUUAAACAGUCACUCUGCUCUUGUGUGAAUUUAAAUGCUAUUCCAAUGUUAAUCUCAACAUUCUGAAUCACACAAUAUAAAUGUAGUGCUAUAUUUACUUCUAAUUUCAUAUUCCUGGUCAAAAUUACUCAUUUCUUGGAUGUAAUUUAUUACAGAAGUUUAUGUGUACAUGUGAAUAGACU